GCUUCGCAAUGCAUAGUUUUUUUGCGCCUCUGCCGCGAAUAUCUUUCUCUCUGUGCUCUAGCUCCUCGCUUCACAUUAAUCAAUCGUAGCGUCACGAGUUAGAGGUGGCUGCAGGAAAAUACGAUGCCAGGAGCUCAAGCCCCGCAGCAGAUCUUCACUAUCGAGCAGUUGGUUGCUCUGAACCCCUACAAUCCCGACAUCCUUCCGGAUUUGGAGAGCUACGUUGAAGAGCAGGUUGCGACUCAGACGUACAGCUUGGAUUGCAACUUAUGUCUUCUCCGCCUUUACCAGUUCUACCCAGCUCGCAUGAAUGUUCACCUUAUCAUUAAAGUGCUUGUGAAGGCAUUGAUGGCACUACCUGCCACAGACUUUAAUUUGUGCAUGUUCCUGAUCCCAGAAAGACUUCAAAUGGAGGAGACCUUUUUGAAUCUUGCUACUUUGGCUCACUUUCUAGAGACAUCUCGUUUUCGAGAAUUCUGGGACGAGGCCAACAGAAACAGGGAUAUUCUUGAAGUUGUCCCCGGAUUUGAGCAAGCCCUUCAGGGAUACGCUAUCCAUGUGCUCUCAAUCACUUAUCAGCGUUUGCCUCGAUCAAUUUUGGCUGAGGCUAUCAAUAUGGAAGGACUUUCCUUGGAUAAAUUUUUGGAGCAUCAAGUAAACAAUAAUGGCUGGGCACUUGAGAAAGGUGGCAAGGUGGUCGUUUUGCCCUUGAACGAGGACAACCAGCCAGUACUGAGACGGAACACUGCUGAUAGCAUACCAUUGGAACAUGUUGCAAGGAUCCUCCCUGUGUUAGUUUGAAAGGGUUCAUGAGGAGUGCAACAUUGAGGGAAACAACAUGAAGAAAUCUGUUUUAUCCGGAAGGUCGGCGUAGGUUCUUUCAGAAGAGGUGCUUCACACUCUGUAGUCGAAUGCAAAGAUUACUGUAAUAGAAUUUGGGACAGCAGAGGUUAGUGGGUGUGUGCUUGUUUGUGGUCUGUUGGCAAUCGUCCUAAACAGGCAUUUUGUAAUUGGAUAUUAGUAAACUGCUGGUAAUUUAUUCAUUUCGUAUGAAGCGAGAGCUGCAAUCGAUUACUUUUUUCUCCA